UGGUUCGAGAUAAUCUUUAUAUUUUCUCUUUCUAGGAUGUGCCAUUUGUAUCAACAAAUAAGCUGCAAAAUAUGUAGAAUUAUUACGAAAAUAUUCUAAAUCCUAGUCUAGAGUUGACUCAGGUGAAAGCAAUUCCGAAUUCCGCGGCCGCGUGUCCCGUCCGUUGUUACAUCGCGCUUGGUUAAGAAAAAUAUUACAAGGUAUUUGGCAUAGUGAUUUUAAAGAAAAAAAUAAAUUAAUGAUAUAUACAUAUUAUGUUAACACUUCAAUGCUUUUCUUUUAUUAAAAUACUAAAAAUAAUUAGUGGCAACUAUUUAUUUCAAAUUGGCCAUCACCUCCCAAGAUCUCUAUUGAGCGGUAUCCGAAUUGAGCUAGGUCAGCAGAUUCCUUCACUGGCUGUUUGAUCUAGUCUUAUCGUACGGUACCACUUGUCAUAUUAAGCAGUCAUAUUAAUUUCAUUCAUACAUAAAAUGACAAUUCUUAGGAUUACAAAUAAUGCAUCAUGAUAUAAAUUGAGCUCUUAAUUUGUUUACUUUGACUUUGGGCAAUAUACUAGAUGUACAAAAUUACCUUAAUACCGUAGGUCAAAAGUAAAAUUAUGAAAGUAAAGACUAUCAUGCAGAACGAUCUACGGUCGUAUUAAAUGCCCGCGCAAUUCGAAUUCGCGCCCAGCGCUAGCACGCAGCGAGCUCAUUUUGGAAACGACCACGAUCCGUCUUCACUACUUUCUCUGAGAUCAGCCAUUAUUAUUGUGUUGUCAAAUUUCGUCAAAAUCUGUUUCAAUAAUUGUUUCACCGUGUAUUCCAGCAGUGGUGAUUCUAGUGUUGUUUUGUCACCAUGACCAAGUUUAACUUUGCAUAUGUGAAGUUUCUGAGGGAUAAUUAUAAGGCUACCGUUCCCAUCACUGACAUCAAACGGUUUGAUGCGAAGUUUCACGAAGUGUCCAAGUGUUAUAUGGUGGCUUGGUGCGACGACGACGGGAUGGAUGUAUUCUACAAAGCCCAAAUACUGAUGUUGGCAGAGACUGAACUGGAGAUACAAAAGAGAAUUAGAGAUGGGCCUCGGAUGGCAAUUCCGAAAAUCAGAGACUCCUCGGUCGAGGAAACGGAGGAUGAGCAGGCACCAGAACUUGCUGCCAAACAGAAUGCAACAGACUUUGCAAAGAAGAAGAAAGAACAAAAUUCUGCAAUGGCAAAGGCCAACAAGUCGGCGCUGAAAGAAAUCAUUUCAAACAAAUUGGCCGCGAAGAGAAAGCAAGAUUCCUCGGAAGACAGCACAGAGAAGAAGCUGAGACUUGAGGUCGCGAAGCUGAAAAAAGAAAACCAAACACUUCGCGACCUCAACAGAAGGCUUCAAGAAGAAGUCCUCAACAAAAUUCCAAAAGCAUUGGUUCAACACAAGCCUAUUGCCCCUUCGAUGGCCUCCGCACGUUCUCUCUUCGGUGAUACUUCUCAAGCAAAAGCAACUACAUCAGUGGCCAGCAGGCCCAGCACCGCAUCCUCAGCCACCACCGCAUCCUCAGCCACCACCACAUCCUCAGCCACCACCGCAUCCUCAGCCAGCACCUCAUCCUCACCCAGCACCUCAUCUUCUUCAUGUCCUACAUCUCGGCCUACAGCACCCCAUACAGUUUCAUCCCCACCAAAGGAACUGGAUGCCUUGAAUACAGCAACAAAUUCCAGUUCUGUUGAUGGAGAGGUUUGCCUUGCAGAAGGAAUAUCCAUUAACACCAGCGUAUGGGAGAGAGUACGAGCGGCUAAAAAACAUUCAAUCUUUAUUAAAGAUCUGGCCGUGGCGUUGUAUGGAACAGAAGUGCUACGAAACAGCUCCGUGGAGGGCAAGUUGAGCCCAAGGCACAAGAAGAUGCCAGGGAAGGUGGCCAAGCCAGCACUAUGCAUGCAAAAGAUGAAUGCCAUAACAAAAUGUUUCGAGGAGAGGCUCCAAACAAAAAACAUGUCCGAGGAGGAAAGAAUACAGGAACUAGGACGAAUGAAAAAAUAUAUUGGAGAAAAAAUUCAGGACUUGAACAAAAAAAACUAAGUAUCAAAGGCAAGAAAAUUAAAGCUGAGAAAACAAUACAUCAUGAUUAGGAAUAUUUACUUGAAACAGUUUCAUGCUUCCCAAAGUUAAUAUUAUAUAAAUUCUGACUCUGGGUAUUAGGCCAUGCCUGUUGAUGCCUUAUAUACUCGCCUUUCUGUGUAUUUUAUUGGUCUUGCAUUUUAUACUAUUUUUUUCCCCUAAAUAUUUGAAAUUUAAGGUCUGCUUUAUUUACAUGUACAGUAUUUCUCUUUUUUUUCAUUCAAACAAUUUCACCUGUUUUUUACUGGUAAUUGCAAAAGUGUCAAAUUUAAAGGCACCUGUCACCUUAAAAUUGUGUAAACAACCUUGCCAGCUGUAUGCAUGUUGUCUUUUAGAAAGGAAAAAAGUAUUUUGAAUUAAACUUUUAUUUUUAUUGAUGGUAUCUUUUUAUGAUUAUAAAUGUAAAACAAGCUCAAUAUUUACAAUGUUAAUCAGGGUCAUGGCUUUGUCUUUCGCAUAGUAAUUAAUCAUAUGAAAAUAUUUUCAAAAAGUUUCUCCUUUGUAUAUUCUACUUCAAGUAACCUGUGAAAAUAUAGAUUUAAACUUCAUUUUCUACCUCAGAUGUAUCAGGGAUUAUGAAAGGAAAAAUAUAUAGACACCCAAACUUGCAAUCAUUUAGGCUGAAUGUUAAAAAAUUAAGAAUGUUAUUCAUAAGGUUAAUAUUUUGCUUAUAUUUGUAAACCCAUUUUGUGCUGUUAACUUUCUAUGACUUAUGAAAUACUGUAUAUGUGCAAUUCUAAAGAACAAUGUGAUAAUAUUUUACUUCAACUUGUCCAAAACAGAUCAUAAACAAAUGUUGUUUUCCUUUUUUGUUUUUUCCAAGAGCAACUUCUUUUUUUUUUAGCCUGAACUACAAAACUGUUUUUUCCACGUGAGCAGUUUAUUGAUACUGUAUUGUUCUUCAAAAACUUUAAGAUUAUUUUUUUUCCUAAAAUGAAAAACAGACUAUGAUAAUGAUUAUAUAACUGUUAGUGGUAAUACUUUACUAGUUUUCAAGUAAAAUUGGCUACUGAAGGAAAUUCACUGUCUAUAGAUUUAGGGUAGCUUCAGAUACUUUGCAUUAGUCUGCACCAUCAGAUUUAAGAGUGAUUUAAAUGUUGCUUUGAAAUUCCUAGUCAAGAUUAUGAGCAGGGGGUGUGUAACUUUGUUUUCACUUGUUUAUGUCUUUUUUUAGGGGGGCUCCAUGUAUCAUUUAUGUCAUUUAGGCUGAAUGUUAAUAAAAAUUGUUCAUAAUUUCAUUCAUAAGCAUAACAUUUUGCUUAUUUUUGUAAAACUAUCAUUGUGUGCUAAUAACGUUCUAUGACAAAGGAAAUACGGUAUACAUGUAAUAUGUGCAAUUCUAAAGAACAAUGUGUUAGUGUUUUACUUGAACUUGUCUAAAACAGAACAUAAAGACAUUUUUUCCUUUGAUGGUUUUUACCAGAGUAACUGUUAUUUAACUAAAGCAGUUUAUUGAUACUGUAUUUUUGACCCCCAACUUUCAGAUAUUUUUCUCAAAUGAAAAACAGACUAUUAUAAUGAUUAUACGAAACUUAAUGUUAAUACUUUGCUUUACUUGGCUACGAAAGGAAGUGUGUUCAUUUCUUAUAAUUAUUCACUCUAUAGAUUUACAUUUAGGAUAGAUUUAGACACUUUGCUUUAGUCUGCAUGAUUUAAAUGUUGCUUUGAAAUUCCUUGUCAAGAUUAUGAGCAAGGGGGUGUAUUACUUUGUUUUCACUUGUUUAUGUCUUUUUUCGGGGGGGGGGGGGGGGACUCCAUGUUUAACAUCAGAGUCCUUUAUUAACUUAAAUGAAACAUAACCCAUUUUGAAACAACUCAGAUGAUAUAUUCCUUUUUUAAAUGUGAAAACACAGUGCAACGUAACCAAGAAAAUAUAACUUGAAAAAAAUUGGGUGUCUAAUUUUAAGAUGGAUGUAAUUGAAUAGGUGCCUUUAACAAUUAUUAGUCACGUAUGUCAUCCUUCCAAGGUAGUCUGUCACUUAAAUUACAUGAACCUUUGGUGUAUUCACUUAUGUUUUGUCUUGCCAUACUAAAAAAAACUUACCUCGACAAAAAGUAUAAUAAUUUCUCCAUAGUGCUCUCAGUCUGUAUUCUAAACUAUGUUAGGAGUGUUGACCAUAAACUGAUGAAAGUCAGCCAUUUGCCAAAGAAAAAAGUGGUCAUGAUAUCCUUUGCCAAAGAUACAAUGUUAUAUUUAUACCCGUGCAUUUAUGUUCAUAAUAAAAGUUGUUUUAUAAUGAAUAUUAUGACUCUGAACAUUUCUUCUGGUUUCAUACAAAUAAGGUUUCUUCUCAUAUAUUAGCUGGUGUGUAGAUAUUAGAUUAGGUUUGCGCUGGAAGAAGUUGCCUGUAUCCAAUUGGUUUCAACUGGAACCAGUUGGCAUCCAAUUGGUUUCAACUGGAAACAGUUGGCUGUGU